AAAGCACGUGGGACAGCUUGAGUAUAACUUCCCACGAAAAGCUCGAAUUAUUUUCACGUGUUUGUAAAUAUACAUUCAAUAGUACCUCUGGCUUUUAGUGCAAAUUCUGCAGGAGCGAAGAGAAGAUUUACACUGAUUAUAUAAAUCGUAUUUAAAAUUUAAAAAGAUCAAAUAAUCAGUGUCAUUUUUAAAUUUAUCUGGAGUAUAUUGUUUAAAUCAUGGUUGGACAAGCGAGCAUGAGUGAGGCAGAUUCUACCUAUCUCAGAAAGAUCCGGAAGCCGCUGGUGGAGAAGAGACGCCGGGACCGUAUGAACGUCAGCAUUGACCGCCUGAGGGCGCUGCUUGCCACCGCCUGUCCAAAUGACAGUUCCAUUUCCCGCGUCGACAAAGCGGAAGUUCUCGACCAGGCGGUCCGCUACUUGACGUGCUUGCAGCAGCGACCAUCUCGGCACACCACUUCUGGUGGGGUCAUGCCCGGCGCACAAACGGAGGCAUACAAGGCGGGCUUCCGGGAGUGCACGCGAGAGACCAUCCGCUACCUGGACGCCAUGGGUACCUACGAGCGGAACUCCAUCAAACAAUUGGGACACCAUCUCCUCCAAGUGUGCGACGCUAAAACCGGAAGUGCCGUUUUUCAACCAUCAAGGUCUCGUUUCCCUAGCCCGCUGCCUCUUCAUACAAGCAGCACGCCGCUUUCGACACGCGACUCACUGCUUCGACUUCCAGAUAUCGCGUUCCAUCAUAGCGACUCGUAUUCACCGGACAUGCGCGCUAGCAUGAUGCUUCCCCGGACGCCACAGUGGAAUCUUGUCGGUAGGUACAGCGACUCUCCGCCGCUCUUCGGCAGCGUCAGCCCGACAAGUUCCGUCGGCAGUUUCUGCGAUGUUUCAUCGUCUACGUCGGCGAAUGCGAUGUCGGAGGACAGCCUUGACUUAAGUUUGAAAUCUUCCCAUGAAAGCAGUACCGGAAGUGCUGGAUGUGACGUCUCUCUUGACGUCAUCAUUAAAGAGGAGCAGCCGUGGAGACCGUGGUGAUGAUGCUUUGAUGGACUCCUUACAAAUACCUCUUCCUUCGUUCUUUCUGUUACAUGUUUGUUACAUUAGUUAUGCCGUGCGCUGUUUGAUCUGUUGUUGCAAUAAUGUGCUACGUUUGAUUGAAUUGCAAUUAAAAUGUAAACUCAAA